CCUUUUCCAAUUUUGAUCCUAUAUCACAUUCAAUCUUUCCCCACUCUCUUUACCCUCCCCUCUUCGUUUCAGCCAAAAACGUGCACUAGGGCCGCCCCUUGUGCAACUUCAUGAGUGACCACGCCUCCAUCCGUCUUGCGUCACCUCUCAUGCGCGGUCACAGCCAGCCGGCACCCAGCCUGUGUAGUUCACUACUUGCUCGCCGUGCCGGCCUUGCCCACUCCGGCUACCCUCUCUCUCUCCUUGACAUACGGCAAGCGGCCCCUGCAAUCUCUUCUCCAUAGUUCCUCUAACCACCUUUGGGACCCCAAUCGCACUGCUCAUCACCCGGAUCUCUAACCUUCGAGCCACCGACCCCGCGGUGCCUUGCCGCCGGCUCUACACCCUCAGCGCUUUAAUCCAGCACCGCGUCUGCCGCCUCCUGAAGUCGUAUUGCCCAUGGGUUUCCAGCGUGCCUGUCUUAGCGAUUUCUCUUAAUGUAUCUUUGUGGUAUGGAAGAGAUCUGAGCUGCGGAAAAAAAGAGAUCAAAAUUUCAAAAUAGAUUAGAUAGUUGAAUCCAUUCUCCUGCUGCUGCUGUUGCUACUGCUGAUUCUUCCUGCCGCUGCCGCACAUUGGAUGACGAAAGUGUCUUUAAGUACCAAAUAGUGUUUGUGGCUACUUAUGUUCAGUUCUUAUGGCACCUUUGGAUUUAUCAGAAAAUUCAAGUGGUUCUUGGGCAUCUGCAAUGAUUGGUCUUUUGGCCUUCAGAAACUUUCCAUUAGAGGUGUUCACUCCCUUCACCGAUUCAAACCAAAGAAACAAUUUCACCAAUUUAGUAGAAGGACGGGGAAAUCUGGGAAACCAAUUGAGCGGGAGGAUAUGGGUCCAAAAGCUUAUAUGAGGGAUACUAUUGGUAGCAUAUGGAAAAUUUUAAGGCAUUCUACUUGGGAUUCGGCUCAAGAACAGCUGGAGAGGCUCUCUGUGAAAUGGGAUUCGUACACAGUCAGUCAGGUUCUCAAAACCCACCCACCAAUGGAGAAAGCCUGGUUGUUUUUCAUUUGGGCGUCACAGCUGAAAGGUUUUAAGCAUGAUCAGUUCACUUACACAACUAUGCUGGAUAUUUUUGGAGAGGCUGGGAGGAUUUCAUCAAUGAAAUUUGUCUUUCAGCAGAUGCAAGAGAAAGGGAUAAAGAUUGAUGCUGUGACUUACACUUCACUUCUGCAUUGGCUUUCCAAUUCUGGGGAUAUUGAUGGUUCAGUGAAGGCAUGGAAAGAAAUGAAAGCUACGGGCUGUCGUCCAACAGUUGUUUCUUAUACUGCUUAUAUGAAGGUUCUAUUAGAUAAUAAAAGAGUGAAGGAAGCAACAGAUGUCUACAAGGAGAUGCUGCAAUCUGGAUGUUCUCCAAAUUGUUACACCUAUACAGUCUUAAUGGAGUAUCUUGCUCGGUCUGGCAAAUACAAAGCAGUUCUUGAGAUUUUUAGCAAAAUGCAAGAAGCUGGCGUACAACCUGAUAAAGCUACUUGUAAUAUUUUGGUCGAGAAAUGUUGCAAAGCUGGGGAGAUAUGGGCAUUGACUCAAAUUCUUCAGUAUAUGAAAGAUAAUUCCCUUGUCCUACGCUACCCUAUAUACUUGCAAGCACAUGAAACUUUAAAAAUUGCGGGUGUCAGUGAUGUUCUCCUCAGGCGUGUUAAUCCUCAUUGUAGAUGCAUCAGUGAGGAGGGGAUGGUUAAAUCUGGAGCAACUGCCUCUGAUUACAAUAACUAUGUAGAUAUAGAACUUGUAAAAGGUCUCUUGACAAAGCAGAAAUUUGCUGUCAUCGAUCACUUACUUACUGAGAUGGUUAAUAGGAAAAUAAAAUUGGAAACUGCAAUUGUCUCUGACAUCAUUAUGUUGAAUUGUGCUCAUUGCAGACCAAAUGGUGCGUUGUUGUGCUUUGAAUAUGGUGUAAAAAUGAGCAUAAAUAUUGAGAAAACUGCAUAUAUUGCCUUAGUAGGUGUUUUCCUAAGAACCAAUUCAUUUCCAAAGGUUGUGGAGAUUGUUGAGGAAAUGGUUAGGGCUGGACUUUCUCUUGGAAUUUAUCUGGGUGCUCUUCUGAUUUAUAGGCUUGGGUGUGCUAGGAGGACUGGGUCUGCUGAAGCGAUAUUUAAUUUAUUGCCUGAGGAACAGAAAUGCACUUCCACUUACACUGCUUUGAUUGGUGCCUACUUCUUUGUUGGGUGUUUUGACAAAGGACUUCAAAUAUUCAAGGCCAUGCAGGGCAAAGGGAUCCAUCCCGCAUUAGGCACAUACAGUGUGCUAUUAGCUGGUCUUGAAAAAUGUGGCAGGGUUUGUGGAACGGAUACUUUCAGAAAAGAAAGAAAGAGUUUGCGAAAUAGUGUUCAUUCCCAGAAUGUUGUUCCCAUGGAUGAAAAGAUUUGCAACCUUCUAUUUGCUGGGGAUACGGUCUUGAUGUAGCACUUAAGACCCUAAGCAUCACAAGAUUUUGCAUGGUUCUCAGGUAAUCCUGUUGGGAAUACUGAUAUGAUUGCUUUGAGAAGAUGUGAUCAACAGCAGCAUUUAAAUAUUUGCCUUUAUAGGUUAUGGCUAGAUGAGUGGGAAAAGAUUAUUAUUAAUUGGUCCAUCAGUUCGGAUUCAGCGGAGUAGCCUCUCUGGUGGGAUUAUCUAUACUAAAUUUUUGAACUUUUUUGCAUCUAGUAUUGAUGCGUGUUUCUGUCACGUCAGUUUUGUGAGGGAUUUGGGGGACGUGGUCUUCUGCCUGAUGGAGCUCCUGUGUCCGUAGCCUUUGGGUAGUUGGGGGCAUGUGACUUCCGCAUGGGUCUUGGAGCAAAGUGGUCUGCGCUUGAGUGUGGCCUUGGUUUGAUUUUGAUUGACAAUUUCGCUGUGGAGUAGGUGGGCGUUGGAGCUUGAUAGAGGGGUCAGUGAUUCCAUAUCUGGAGAUUUUAUUUUCAUGCGGAGGAAGAAAGGGCAUUUGUGUGUUUGGUUGGUUGUAUUAGGUGGGACUUGAUGUGAUUGUCUUGACGUUGGAAGGGGUAGGAGCUGUGAUUGGAGGGUGUCUUUUGGGCUUCUAAUCUUCCAGCUUAUGGUUCAUUCUUACAUUGGGGAGCUCGGCAGGGUUCUCGGGCCAUUGUUUUUGGUGGUCAUCAAGACAAGGAGGAGGUUAAUCCUUACUUUUAGUAAUCUACUUCUCCAUGCUGCAGUAGUACCCGCGGGUAUAUAGCGAUGUGGUUGAGGCCAGAGAAUGGGCUUGCAUCAAUGGUCGAUUCGCAUCUCUUAUUUAUGUCAUAGAUUGCGAUUUGGGUUUGUCGAUGGAGGACUCCUAGAAGAUUGACAGAAUCAAAGGGAGGCUAAGGAGUAUUCUAAAAGGGGAUAAUGACAUCUGAACUGCCAUGAAUUCAGUUUCCAUGGCAGUCACCCACACCUAGAGGAGCCUGCAUUAGAUGAUGUUUGUUGAUCGUGAUUAUGAGUAGAAACCCAUUAUUCAACAUUGAUUAUCUCAUGCUGACUGUUCACAACCGUGUUGAGGGAGUUUACUCUGGUGAAUAUGCAGUGCAAGGAUUAAGGAAGCUUCUAUUUGAUGUAUUUUCCAAUUUGGCUGAUAUGCAGCAUGUAGUUUUUCAUGCUACUGCCAACAGAGCGGGGGACUGAGCUUAUGUUGUUUAUUCCACAUUGAUCUGGCCAGUUCUGUGUCUGGUUUAUUUAUUUAUUUCUUUUGUGUUAAAUUGUGUUUGUGACUUCUUACUCUUCAGUGGAAUUUUCAAACAUAUUUUUGUUAAUAAAAUUCAGGUUCUUUGCUUGAA